UAGCAGGUGAGUGAACAGGGUCCAGAUUCGGCUCCGGCGCGACAAACCUGGUGACUGGGUUUUACGGUCGAUUUGUCAACUGAAUUCGCAACGUCCCCGGUGAGAUUGGUGGACGGCACCGCUGCAUGACUGCCUCCAGGCAGAGGACAAUCCUUCAGCACGAUAAUACUGUUAUGUCCAUCCCGUCUCAGCCCACCAGACGCAUCCCCCUCGUUUCAUCAUUCAGAGUGGAGGUAGGAUUGGCUCCCUUUUGGCCCGAGAAUAGGGCGGUCGGUACAAAUCCUUUCGCAGAAGGCAUUACAAUGUUCAACAAAUCUGGGAUGAAGGGAAGAUGGCAUUGUGCAUGGGUUGGUGUUUGCCCGCUUUUCUUUUUAACCCUUUUUCCUCUGGUUCUCGCCUUCCCCACAUGGGACGGGCCAAUCAGCGGCCCUCACUUAUGUGGGAUGUUUGACCUGGAUAUUUUGAGGCUUUUUCUCCCGGCAAAUUCUAGUCUCGAGACGUGGGAUCGUGUUCGGUUCGGAUCUGGGAGAAGUAGACUUACUUACCUUAAGGAUGGUGAAAGGGGAGAAAAAAAGAAAGAGGGAGAAUCCUUUCCCUUCACGAUGACAAAGAUCGCUGUACACCACGCGGUUCAAGUAGGGAACAAAUUUGUUGAAAUAGGGAUUAACCGUCAAAGACGCGCGAGAAGAUGACGCCAGAGGAUCUCGUCAUCGGCUGCUUAAAACGCUGCCAGAGUCCCGCUCUCCUUUUUCCACCUCCCCUCUGGAAAUUUCUCUUGUUCGCGCGUUUUUCUGCUCGUCGGUUGAUCAUCGUGGUUUACUCUGCAAUAUUGUUUUUCUUCCCCACCACGACGACGGUUUGUAAGCUUUCCGAGACCACUCAUUGUUUGUCUCGGUCUGUGGCUCCCUUUAUUGUCUUUUGCCGUUCAUUAGGUGCCUUCUGUAUGACCGCUGCAGCCCACCGUGCCGGUGUCCAAUGAAUUGACCGCUCUGGAUGAACAUCGGGCCUGUCAGUUGAGGAAGAAGGCGCUGAAGGCUGAAGCAU